AUGAUGAAGCGAAAACCUCUUUCUCUCUCUUCUUUUUUUCCCCUUUCUCUCUUACAAGAAUGCACUGUCCUUCACUUCACCCUCGAUAAUUUUUUUUCUUUCUUUCUUUCUAGAAAUUUGUGCCUGUCUGCCUUCUUCUAUUUUCUCUUUCUCUCGCUCUUUCCCAUGUUCUAUUCAUUAUUAUUAGAUCACCUACUUUUCCACUCUUUCUCUGUUCACCUACUUUCUUCUUUCUCUCAUUUCUCAGUUCCCCACUCAUUCACCUUUACUCUCCCAACUCUCUCUCUCUCUCUCCCCCUUUUCUCCUUCUUCCUUUUUCUUCCUUCUUUCUCUCUGUCCCUUCCCUCUCUUUCCAUUUUCUUCUUUCUCUCUCUUUCUUUCUCACUCUCUUUCUUUCUCUUUCUCUCUCUUUCUCUCUCUCUUUCUUUCUCUUUCUUAGAAUCAGCGAUAAAUCUUAUCAAAUAUCUUACAAUCUCCUGCAUGCCCCCGCCCCUUUGGUGGGGUGUACCCCCCUCUCUCUCUCUCUCCCUCUUUCUCUCUCUCUCACCCUCACUCUCUCGAUCCGUCACCCCCCCAUCGUCUUUGAAAAGAAUCACACCCGGCCACUACUGUGUUUCACUGAAGCAGCAAAACAAGCGGGACAGAUGGACGAUAUGGGGAGGGCACCUGCUUUGCCCAACCCCACUCUUCUUCAAUGACAAGCUUUACCUUCCUUUCUCUCGAGUUAAUAUUUCCAUCACCUCCCCACCCCCUCUUCUCCUGUCAUCAUCCCCCUGUACCACUUCCGAUGGAUCAUAUUCUGCCAGUCCUCACCCGUCUCAAAGUCCAGCCCCUCUUCUUUUACAAAAGGAAAUUAUCCGACCUGCUGCUACUGCAUUGUCCGAUUAUCAAUCGGAACCCAUGGACCUUUCUUGUAAAACUCCUGGAAGUACAAAAUGUGGGAAUGGCGACAGUGUUACCUACACUGAUGAUCGAUCAUUCCUUGAUACGACGACAUCAUACUCGUAUCAACUUCAUCAUGACAGCAGCAUAACUGACUGUUCGUUGAUGUCAUCUCAUGGAGGAGGACAGACAUUCAUGUCAUCUGAGAAGUUUGAGCAAACACAACAGUGUGAUUCACCUGUUCAGCAGGUGAUGCAGUCGCAUUCCCCUGAACAGCACUCUCAUUUUCAUUGUCAGCAGGCUCUCCUUCCCAGCAGACAUUCUCCUAUUCAGCAACUUCAGUGUGAAUCACCAAUGCUGCAACAACCCCAGCCCCAUCAGGAAUCUCCUCUGCAUUAUCAGGUUUCCACUGAACAGGGGCAGGUAGUUGAACCAGCAAGACAUUCAGGUUACCCAUCUGUUACCCCACAAGAGAUCCCAUUACAACAGAUGGAAACAAAACGGUCAUGUCAUUCACCUAUGCAGUUUUGUCCGCAGUCCAGUCCUGGCAGCAGCAGACACUCAGCUUCACCAUCGACAAGUACAUUACACCUUCAUCAAACACCUGCCUCAACAAUGAUGGACUCUACACAAUCAUUGUAUGAGGUUCAAUCACUGCAAAACAAGCCUCAGCCUGGACAUCAGUCGCAGAGCAAUUCACCCUCAUAUGUUGACCCAUUUGAAUCCAACCGUCCAUUGCAGACAAACCAUAACAAUUCCUCCCAAUUUUCUAAAACUGCUGGCCAUUCACUUUUACGGGACUUAUUAAGUUGUGGCCGCAACAACAAAUCUCAAGAAAGUGGACUAUUGUCUUUCUCUUCUGAGAACUCUCAUUCUUUCUCGUCUUCCCCUUCUUCGGGUGAAGAUGAUAGCGUUUUGAGUUGUCCACCAAAGCCAAAAGAAGAAUACGUUGGCUCUAAGGAUUACUCUCUGUGCAGUACAACUCGUGUAACGCUGGCCAAAAAGAACUUGCUUCCUAUCAGUGCUAGGGUCACUGAAUGGCUUUACAAAAUGGUAAAAUUCGCUAAAGAGAUUCCCCAGUUUGUUAAACUGCCCAAUAACGAUCGCCUGACACUGAUCUUGAACUCAUGGACACGGCUUUUGCUUAUGCAUAUGGCUGAGAAUAACUUUCAGUUUGCUGUUACUCCGCUUCCUUCUUCUCCAGAACAUAAAACGGACGAGGCUCCGGCCUCUGAUGAACCCACCAUGAAAUCAGUUGAAAGUGUUCAGAGUUUUAUCCGCAAAUGUCAGGGCAUGAAUUUAGACACUUCAGAAUUUGAAUAUCUUCGAAUGUUAGUCCUCUUUAAUGCUGGUUAUGUUGGACUAGAGAUGUCAUCCGUUGUGGACAAUAUGAACAGUCGUAUACAACAGCAUUUACAGCAGCAUAUUCACACAAAGCACCCCAGGGACCACAUCCGUUUUUCUCGGGUGCUCAUGUGCUUACCGUCACUAUACGGUAUCAACUGUAAAAUGAUUAACAAUUUAUUCUGUGGUUUUAUUCAUGGCAAAACAGACAUUGAAGUGCUUCUGAAGGACAUGCUACAAGAUUUAUGA